AUGUAUUGGGAUUUAGUUGACUACUCAACAAAUCUCAAUUCUGCCUCUGUUCAAACCGGAAAACAUUAUCCAGAGGCCUUCUACACGGCCGCAUUUUGGCUCCAUCACAAUCACCCCAAGAUGCUAUUAUGCAAUGUUCCCUCUUUUGCCAGCUCCAGCUCGUUAGCUCGUUUGUGGGACCUUAUCGAGAUUCUCUACAGCCUUCUUCUACAACAAGGCCAAGACACUGCGGCGCAGAGGCUCCACCGUGACCCGGGCUAUAAGUUAUUACACGACCGCAUUAUGGAUCUCUUGGCGGAGCAGUUGAAGUCUGAUAUUGACAAAUUGAAGCAGCACGGGCUAAGGAUGGAAUUGGAAUUGAAGCCGCCAUCCGAAGAUGAUGAUAAAGAAGAUUGUACUACUCUUUUUGCUACCUGGGCUGCAGUCUGUUGCACUCCCAACAACAGCGAAGACAACCACACCAGACGCGCCGUUUUGCUGUUUGAAAGCCUUGGGAGUAGACUUUUCCCACCAGAGUCCGAUCAAUCAGAAGAGUGGGAACUCCUUAGAACGGAGUUUUUAAAGCCCUUGGACGAGCAUCAUCGACGCAUGUAUUUCAUUCGGAAGCCCUGUGUGGUUAAGAAGUAUUUGGAGGUGGUGAAAGCAGGUGGCAGCAGCAUCAUAAAGCCGAAUGCAUUGCUUCCAAAUGAUAUCAUAAGAUAUGUAAAAGAUAAGGAUGUCGGUGAAGCAGCUGAGCUUCAGUGGAAGGCAAUGGUGGAGGACAUGUACCUAAAGCAAAAGCAAGGGAAGGAGGGUUCGGGCAAAUUUAAAAACUGCUUGGCAGUUUGUAACAUCACUGAUUUCAUGGGCGUACCAAUAAUAGAAUUGGCGGCGAGCUUGGGAAUUUUGGUGUCUGAACUGACUGAAGAGUCGGCAUGGAAACAAAAGGUGAUCAGUCUUGGUCCAUUACCCGAUGAGCUGCCACUGCUGCAUUCCUUACAAGGCGGUGAUCUCAAGUCCAAGUACGAGUUCAUGAUGAGGACAUGCAUCAGCAAGCACAACCAGGGUGUUGAUUUUCAGAAGGUGUGUGAUUUGAUUCUGGAAGUGGCUGUGAAUGAGAAAUUGAAGGCAGAGCAGAUGAUCAAGAAGGUGUUUGUGUUCACAGACCACAUAAGAUUUGGCUGCUGCAGCACAUCCUGGAAGACUCUGUAUGUGUGGCUCCACAUAAGACUUUAA